AUGUCUCAGAUCUCUGUUGGAAGGGCUAUGAGUAGAGGUAUUAAGCGUAAUUUUAGGCAGUCAAAUGGUGAUAUAGGUGCUGGCAGCAGUUUUGGACAAAAUAUUGAUGUCAGAGGUUUGCCAGGAAAUGUAAAGUCUGGAGUUCAGGUCUACAAGAAGGCUAGGAGUCGGUUGAAGAAUAAUGUUGUUGGUUCGGAUACUUGGGUUAGUAAAUUUCCGUAUUUCAAGGCGUUGCAAGAGCUUCGCUAUUCGAAAAUGUCUAAUGGCAAUGCUAUGGGUGCGACUGAUCUUUAUUUGGAUUCUAUACGUGAAAGGUAUAGGAAGAUGAAUAGGGAGAGUUGUGAAAAGUUGGAUGAAAAGUACUCUAAGUUGGAUGAGAUGUAUUCAAAUAAAUUCUGUAAGCAAUAUCCGAAUAUUUUAGAGAUUUUGAAGGAUAAGAAAGUUAAAGGCUCUUCCGAUGAGGUGAUGAUGAUUAAGAGGAAUUACGAAGAAGCUCUAAGGAGUAUUAAACGUGAACAUUUCCCUGUGGUUCGUUGUGCUCCUGGGAGUGGAGGGUUUGAGUAUAUUGAAGGGAUUGUGAAGAUGAUAAGUGCUAAUCAAUGUAUAUUAUUUUCAUUUGAUGUUGAAGCGUAUGAGUUUGAUAAUGAUGUCGUUACUGAAAUCGGUAUUUCUAUUUAUGAUCCAAGAGAAAACCUAUUUGGGGAGAAUAUUGUUCCUUUGAUUCGUAAUUUUCAUUUGAUAGUUGAGGAAUCCUUAAGUUUGACAAAUAAGAAAUAUGUUUGUGAUUUUAAAAAUUGUUAUUUGAAUGGUGAAAGUAUUGUGAUGAACCUCCAACAGACUGUUGAUUUCAUUCAAUCGUUGGUCAAUUAUUACUUGAUACCUGGCAACUUGGAACAGCAAUCCUGGAAGCGUGCGAUAGUGGGUCAUAAUAUCAAAGGUGAUAUAAAUUGGAUGAAGAAUCUUGGAAUUAGACUUCCAGAAUUGGAGUAUACCAAUAUGAUCAGUGUAAUAAAAGGCGUGUAUGUUAUGGAUACAGAACAGAUAUAUAAAAAAAAUAUUACUGAAGAAGGUUGUUCGUUAGGAAAAAUAUUGAGAUUAUUGAAAAUACCCCAUGCUUUCUUGCAUAAUGCUGGCAAUGACGCAAAUUAUACUUUAAAAUUAUUAUUGCAUUUAACAAGUGCAAGUUUUAGAAAAGCCAGAGGUAUAGAUGAUAUAGCAAGUAUGCAAAAGAAGGUACGUGAUCUGCUGAAGAGAGAUAAAGAAGAAGCAAAGAUUGUUCCUAUGUCAUAUGGUCUCUGUAUCGAUGAAGCCAAAAGAAGGAAGUUCCAAAACAAUAAUAGUGGAAGUGUCAAUGGACGUCCCAAGAAAGAGCUAGUUUUACAAACUGAAUUUGGUGGUUGUAGAUGGUAUGGCAAGGCCUAUGAUGCCUUCCAAAAUACAUUUUAA